UCUAUUUUAAGGGUGACAGAAUAUAUUUGCACACUGAGGCAAGGAAGAAGUCGGUCUUUAAGAGGCUCCAGAGAAAUAACCAACCUGGAUUUGCACUCACAUCAUCAUCAUCAUCAUCAUCAUCCUCAUCAUCAUCAUCCGAUGAGGGAAGACAGAUAAGAAAAUGGAAGUGUAUUGUAAGGCGCUGCCGGGACCACAGGAGAAAUUCACACUCCUCAUCUUGUAUCUUCAUCUGUGGUACAGGCCUAUAGCUGAAGCAAUUCAUCCGGACUGCGCCAUCAUCUCACAGCACCUCAGGGCUCGGGAGGUUUGCAGCCAGACGAGGAGGAGCGAAGCGCAAAACCAGAGCGACCACAGCGGAUGUAAUACAGAGUGGGACGAGAUCGGCUGCUGGCUGAGAGCUGAAGUCGGGCAGGUGGUCAACGUGUCAUGUUCUGAUGUCUUCCAGCAUUUCUCCAGCAAUCAAGGGUAUGUUUACAGGAACUGUACGGUUGACGGCUGGUCAGAAAUGUAUCCACCCUACGAGGAGGCCUGUGCUUUCAGUGACGACAGCGAGCCUGAAUCUGAGACGAGUUACCUCUCCACGUUCAGACAGGUCUACACUGUGGGCUACGCCACUUCGCUCAUCUCCCUCAUUACAGCCAUCGUGGUGUUCACAGCCUUCAGGAAGUUCCGCUGCACCAGAAACUACAUCCACAUCAACCUGUUCUCCUCCUUCGUCCUGAGAGCCAGCGCUGUUUUCAUUAAAGACACCGUGCUGUUCGCUGACGAGACCCUGGACCACUGCUCCGUGUCCACGACAGCGUGCAAUUCAGCCGUGGCUUUCUUCCAGUUCAGCAUUCUGGCCAAUUACUUCUGGUUGCUGGUGGAGGGCAUGUAUCUGCAGACGCUGCUCGCCCUGACCUUUGUCUCUCAGAGGAAAUAUUUCUGGUGGUACAUCCUGAUUGGUUGGGGGCUCCCAUCAACGGUUCUCAUACUUUGGGUGUUGACCAGAUUCUUCUAUGAUGAUAGAGGUUGCUGGGAUGACACAGAAAAUGUUGCAAUCUGGUGGAUUAUUAAAGGACCAAUAACAGCCUCGCUGCUGGUCAACAUAGUCAUCUUCAUCAACGUGAUCCGGAUUCUGGUUCAAAAGCUUAAAUCCUCAGCCAUGGCCGGGAACAAUGACACCGGACACUUUAUGAGGCUGGCUAAAUCCACCCUUUUCCUCAUCCCUCUGUUUGGGAUGCACUACACAGUGUUUGCCUUCCUGCCUGAGAACACUGGAAUGGCAGCCAGACUCUACAUCGAGCUCGGACUGGGAUCCUUUCAGGGUUUUGUGGUGGCACUGCUUUACUGUUUCAUGAAUGGAGAGGUCCAAACAGAGCUGCGGAGAUGGCUGUGGAAGUGUCACAAUCAAAACCAUCUCACCCCAGCCAAGCGAAGUAUCACUCAGAUCACAGUUCGAGCCCGCGGGGGGCUCAAGCGACCUCCUUCUAGCGGCAACAUCUCCUCAGUAUGAUUUUUAAGAGACCAUCCAUGAGAGGAAAGUUGUUGUGAGAAUAUCACGCAAAGAAGAAGUCCUCAAACUCAACCUGCUGAUGACAUUAAUUCAACAACCCCUCCAUGAGAGGAGUGUAGUGAUUAAGGAAAUGUUGCGCCGGGAUGAAUAACAUCAGUGUCAGCAGCAGUUAGAAUGAUGACAUCACACAUUUCUGAGCUAAAUCACAAUGUCUUCUAUCAUAUGUGCAACCAAAAAAAUACUAAAAAGUACACUGGUGCUUGAUUUGUAAGGAUGUCAUGGUGACGCUGUGGAAAGAGCACAGCAGAGACAGAGCUGGCCCAGAACCUGCAGGAAGAUGAUUUCACAUGCUUGUGUUUACAGUUUGGAGUACAAAAAUGAGCAAAUGUUUGAGGGAUUAUAUAGAGACAGCUGCGGAAACAAUGGCUGUUUGAACUUGGCUAAAUUAUGUGAGACAAGCUUGACUUGUCUAAUUGUUUUGUGCAGCACUCAACAGAAGCAGUUUUUAGUGCGGGCUGAAAAUAUGUGCGGGGUUGAUAUGAACCGAAUGUGCAAAUUGAUUUUUUUGUGCAGCAAUUCAGCUGCUGCUAAAGAGAAAAUUUCAAUCAUGAACAUGCAGAGGAACCUGAGCGGAUGUAUUUAAGGCUGUGUGUUUGCCUGUGUGUGCGAAGCUGCCACAUAUUGGUACAUCAUGUCUUAAAAAACUAAUUAUUUGGAGGAGCUGUCUGCUUUGAUGAGCCAUCUUUGAAAUAUUUGUGAAUAUUUAUGAGCUUGUUUCUUCCUUCAUCUGUCACUUUUUAUGCUGCUGCCAGAUGUGAUAAUCUGAAUUUUUUGGCACAUUUGUUGCACUGAAGGAGAAACCAAAUUGGUACAAAAAAAGAUGCCAGGCAUUUACAGGGUAAGGUGGCAUCAAAUUGGUUCUGUGUGCGUAUUUAUAUCUGGCAUUUGUUUAAGCUCAAGAUUUCACCCAUAUGCAAGUGACUGCCCAAAUUUAUAGCCAGAAACAAAACAACACAAACAAACAAACAAAAACACCAAGACAUUCAAGCUCUGGCCAUGUCCACAUGGAGACGAGAUUAGGUGUAUCCGCAAAGGUUUUUUAUCGUAUAGACCUUUCGUAAACAUGCAACCAGCGUUUUAGGAGCCCAGUACGCCAACUUUUGUAACCGGGUCCCAGAGUGAAAAAAUCUGAAGAUGCCACCUUCGCAUUUCCGUAUUUACAAUAUAGUACGCCUCUUUUCUGAAGCGAUGAUGCCAUAACCCCACCUCUCCCUUAACCCGCAUGCAUUAGGCGUAAAGGCGCCACAACAACAAUGGCUGACUACGCAGUGGUUGCAUUUGUGCUAGUUUUGUAAUCAAGUGUGACUCUAAGUAGCAGCUCUACCUCGUCGUCAGUCCAUACAAAGUGAGCUCCUCUGGCGUUUGUAUUUUCCGCCAUCUUCUUCUUCGUGUUUGUUUACUUCGCACGAGUUUUAUGUGCAUGCUUCAUUUCUUAUUCUGUUUUUGGUGUACUUUGUGGCAGCGUUGCAGCGCCACUCACAGGCCUUGCAUAUAUACUACAGCCUUUUCAGUGGCUUCAUGUUUACGUACACAUAUCUUGAGACGAUUCCGUGUUUAUGGAAAACUUUUAAAAACGAAAUUGGUUCUGUCUUCGUGUGGAUAUGGCCUCUGUCUGUAGCUGCCGAAUCUCUGUGUUGGGUAUUGUAGUCACAACUCAAUCACCUAAAAAAAUAGCCUUGUAGGUUUCUUCAAACCACAUUACACACAUUACAUUUGUAAGUUAUGAUAAAGCGGAUUAAUAGACGCUUUUAAUUUCAACAACAAUGUGGCUAACAUGGUUAGGUUCAGGCAAAGAUCGUGUUUUGACUUAAAAUUUCUGGUCUGGGGGGCUCUAGUGUUUAAUGCAAAGAAGUGUGAAAGAUAAAACGACACUGGGGGAGUGGGAGAAAAGUUGAUUUGAGUGUUUUCUGCCUUCUAAUCUUGUGGGAUAUCCACAUGGAGCAGCACUGAGACAAAAACAGGACCAAUUACGCAUGGUGACAAAUGAGUAAUGAGGUUGGUCUGUCAGGUGUGUAGCCGGUUUUCUAAAACAUUUUGUUGAAAGACGUAUAAUCCAUUAUGCAUGCACUCUACGUAGUAACUUUUUUAACAAAACAAAAUAUCUAAACCAUCCACUGAGGUGUGAAAAGGCGAACUUGUUCCGGAUACGUUUUCUGGGCUAAGAAUAAACCAGUGUCCAGUGUGCUUUAUCUCUUUGGAUUUGGCAAGCCAUUUAUUCUCAACACAUGCUCACCAUAACAUAGAGGGGCAACAGCAUUGUGCAUAUUCAACCAUUAUUCCAAUCAGCAAAUUCAGUUUUCCACAUUGAUACUUGAUGCUUACACGACAUGCUUCCGUAACACGAUCAAAAACUGUUUGCUUCCCGUUCCACACACCUGAUUCCCAUUACCUGGAGCUUACCAAUAUGCACUUUAAACAUGGAUGCUGUGUUCAGUUUAAUAACGGCAUGCGUAUAUUUUUAUUUACCUUGUUUAGAUAAGGAUAAAAUAAACAAACAAAAACUAUAUGAUGGCUCCAACACUCUAUUGAUUUAUAAUAAUACCUAGAUACUGGAUGCCAAGAUGGAUGCCUGGGUUUACUUACCACUUGCUCUGGCUCCGCCCACGUGGCUCAUAGACUUUACAUCAUUAUGACAUCACAGGUUUUUAAGUUGCUUUUCUCAGCUCAAGGAAAGUUUGACAAAAAAACCCUCCAUGCAUCAAAAACCUGUAAUGGAAAGAGUUAUAACAGACCUUGUUUGCAAUUUGAGGUGUCCUGUCAACAGUUUCACAGACAUCUCUUUGACAAUGGUGGACUAUGGGUCAAAUGCUUUUUGGGACACAGGGGAUGUCUUGCAGCAAUACAUGAGGGGCCACUGGGAAAAAUGUUCCUGGGGGCCUGCUACGUUAUGUUAUACUGGUAGCAUUGUUACGCCCAUCCUUAGGUCGUCCUAUGGGACAAAUGAAACUCCACCACUGACCCAAUAUAACCAUGUAAGACAUCUUUAAAACACUCAGCAAGCAAACAAGACAAGGAAAAUUUUGGGCUGAGAGGCAACAGGGCCAGUAGUCCCCACACCAGUGGCCUUUCUCCUCUGCUGGCUAGUGAUGUGACGUUCGCGAACGAGCCGAGUCUUUGAACGGGCUCUUUGAAGUGAGCGAGUGAACCGGCUCUUUAGAGUGAAUGAGCCAGUUCCUAAUUUCUUUGUUUUUUGCGUUAAUUUACUCUGUAUCAAUUAAUCUCAGAUUAUUUGAUCUGGAACAAGCUGAGAAAGACUAGUUUGUGAGGGAGAAAGACAGUGCAGCCGCUCACUCGUUCACUUCAAAGAGCCGGUUCAAAGACAGUCUGCAGAGUCUAUUCUGGGCCCACGUUACAAUAUCCAGAUCACGUGAUGCGAAAAAUCAGCAAUGCACACACACACACACACACACACACAGAGCAAAAAAACAACAACGAACAAACCGCAUCUUUGAACCGGCUCUUCAGAGUGAAUGAGAGCCAAAGAACUGGCUCUCACAAGUGAACGAGGAAUCCCAUCACUACUGCUGGCACAGGAGCUCUUAAGCACCUCGUUAAGUAAUGCAGCACACCUGAGGAGAUCUACAGUGGAGGGAAAAGGGACAGCAGCACAGAACAUAACGCAUGUUAUUGAUGUUAGCUGGCUAAACAUGCUGUCAAACUUUGCACUUUGAAAAAAUGUAUAAAUAGAGCUGCAUUCAUCAGUCUGUUAGCGAAGUUGUUUUUGCUAACUUCCUGUGGCACAAUGCAUCCUGUCUGCCCAAAGUCUGCUUCAAAAGUUUAAUUUUCUUCAGUGUAAUUGAGGCAAAUUCUGGACUGAAAAAAAAAAAAAAAAAAAAAUAGAAGGAGGAUUUUUACAAACACAAAUGCACAAACAUUUUCCUCCGGCGACUGGGUGAUGUCAUCAACACUGGCUGACAAAAAUUCCGAUCCAUGCAUCCCAGUUUUCAGUUUUUUUUAUUUCAUACAACAUGAAUAAUGCACUGUACUGUUCAGCUAAGCACUUUGUCAUUGUCAGUCCACAAUAUGAUUUAAUGUUGCACUUUAUGUCACAGUGAAUAUGCUGUAUUUCCAUUGCUGCUCUUGUGGGUCUAGUGAGAGUUGGUCUGUUUAGGGAGAAACACAGUAAUAAAUGAAACAUGUGUUUUUAGAUGUAUUUACAGCUAUGCUUUAAUGUUUGAAUGUAUUAUUUUUAUUCAUGAUGAACUUCAUCAACAUAAUGCACUUGGUUUUCUGAUUGUAUAACAGAGGUAGAAAAUGCUUGGGGCAAAAUAUUCAUAAAUGUUUAUGUAUGUACCCUGAUUUGGAUGAAAAAUAGGAAAAAGAAGCAGCUAAAUGGGCUUUCGUAAUACUUAAAAUGCAUCAGUGCUGGACAAGGAUCUUAUUCAGCCAAAAAAAAAAAAAAGUUUAGAUAAUUUCCUCUUAUGAUAAAACUAAUGGCAUAGCUGUAAAUCUGCUGCUAAAUCUGUACACUGUCCAGCAAAAUAAGUCACAACUCCACAAAAUACCACAGACAGAUUUAUUUUGCAGUCAAAUUUACACAAUCUGAGACAUGAAUGUUAGACACCAGAACGCAUGUUACACAUGACACACCGUCACAGGUCGAACAUAAUAUGGAUGAGGCUUUAUAGAUAUUCUUUUGACAUUUAAGUUACUUAUAUCCUCAUUAAUGCUUUGUCAUUACAUACACAUGCGUACAGAACACACACUCUCCAACUUUCAAACGCACUCACACACACACGCACACAGUCUGAAAACAGUUACAUAAACAUAAAUGUACAAAAACACUGUCACAAACAUUACAGGUCUUCGUCAAGAGGUCCUCCUGUGUGCCAAAAAUAUACAUAUACAGUGCGCUGUAUACAUAUGUUCAAGAAAAGACAUCAUUUGUACACCAUGGCAAAUUCAUAGCAGGCAACAUUUAAGAGCAGCUGAGCAACAUCGGUACAUUCAAAAAUUCAUUGGCAAUCAGUAGAACACACACACACACACACACGCACACACACAUUCAACACUUGAUAAAACUGGCUCAACACUCACACAGACAUAUGCCACACUGAGAAUAGUUACAUUUGAAGAAAUAGUUUGAUGUUUUGGGAAAUACUGUGUGUUUUCUCUCCAACAGUGGGAUGAGAAGAUUGAAACUAGCUGUUUUUAUUUUUGACAGCUGUAUCAUUCUUCUCAUAACUCUUGCCAAGAAAAUGACUAAACAUAUUUCCAUAAAUGUCAGACUACUGCUUUUUAGAAAACAUGUCAAAUGCUCGUCUUUGACACAAACUCUAUAUAAGGUUCAGUGUGUCACUGUAACGACAACUGUAAAAAGAGGUGUGUGUGGACAGAGGCAUGGCUAGCUUUAGCCAAAAUUAAGCUAACAGUUGAACCUUACUACCAGAAUUAAUAUUGGCAUGGUUUGUUUCUGCAAACCAGAUAUAUUACAUUUGUUUUAUAUGUUAAAUAUCUACAUUUCAUAUGUAGCAGAUGUGUUGAAACUUUACAUUUCUUUACAUUUUUGUAUUCAUUUAUACACAUUGUGUACGCACAAAACAAAGCCUGAAUGAGAGGUGCGCCACUUCCUAGUUAAAAGUUGUGAUCUAUAAAAACAGUCUUGAUGGGAGAAACCUUGACCCAUGCUUAUGAACAUUUUGGAGAUGGGAAAUUGGCGACGCAGAUGGCGAGAUGGAAGCCUGGUUGUAGAAAUUGUUGAAUACACCAUUUUUGGUUUUUGUUCGUACGUACAUUUUUAGUACGGUUCCUAAACAUUGUUUUAUAAAUAUACCCCCAGGAGUGUAGUGCUCCUGGAGCACACCAGAACAAAGCUCUGACACUGUUUCUUCUCCAAGUGAGGGAAUAAAAUAUUCACAGUUUGCAUAAACAGGGUGAAAUUCAUACACAUUUUUCAAGUGCUUUAAGAUCCAAUCAUUACUGAAGCGCAUGUCAUGCAAGAGAGCCAAUGAAAUACAAAUGCAAUGGUUGAAGUUGACACUGAAGGUGUGCUGAUUGAUUCAAGACAUCAACUCAUACACUGAGAAACAUGCAACUAAACAUUUGUAAGUGCUAUAUCGUAGGCAACUGGGCUUGCUUGCGUUUCUUGAAGACGUUUCGCCUCUCAUCCA